AUGCUGAAAGCAGGAGGCCAGAUAAUAAUAGACAAAGUACAUAGGUUAGUUAAUGAAAUAUGGGAUAAAGAGACUAUUCCUACAGAGUGGCAAGAAGCUUUAAUAGUGCCCAUCCAUAAAAAAGGGGAUAAACAAGAAUUAUGUGAAGAUGGAGUAUGGAGAAUCCGCCACAACCGGGAGCUAAGAGAAUUAUUUAAAGACCCUGAUAUCAUUGGAGAAGUUAAGAGUAGAAGAUUAAGGUGGGUUGGCCAUAUCCUAAGGAGAAAGGAGGAGAGUCUACUGAAGAUAGCACUCAGAGGAAAUCCGAGGGGAAGAAGACCAAUAGGUAGACCGAAAGCCAGGUGGUGGGGUCAAGUACGAAAAGAUUUGGAAAGGAUGAGGCUUGUAGAGGAAGAUGCAUGGGACCGAGACUAUUGGCGACAGCGUGUUGGCGAGGCCAAGUACCAGCUAGGGUACAAGUGGCCAUGGCAGUAA